AUGUCUAACGUCCAUUGUCCUAAUAUCGAUUACCUUGUGGUGAUCGAUUUUGAAGCUACCUGUGACGAAAAUUUAUCAAAUCCACAAGCUGUACAAGUGACAAAGGAAACUGCUGAAAUUAUUGAAUUUGCUUGGGUGAUUGUUGAUACUAACACUUUAGAAGUGGUUUAUCAACAUUCUCAAUAUGUCAAACCAGAAAACACUCCGCUAACUUCUUUCUGUACUACACUCACAAACAUAACUUGGGACAAACUCGAGAAUGCUGGAACUUUACAAAACGCCAUUUCCACCCUUGAUAAUUAUAUUCAAUCUUUUAUUGUCUCCAACAACAAGUCAUUUUGUUUUUGCACGCAUGGUGCUUGGGAUCUUCGUAUUCAAUUGCCCCGAGAGGCCAGGGAUAAACAUAUUGACUUACCUACUUAUUUAGCUUAUUGUCGGAUGUUCGAUUUGAAACAGGAAUAUCAAAGGUGGCAAGUUCAUCAUCCAGAUGUAAUAUUAAAGUGUCAAUCGUUGAAUGAAAUGUGUGCAGCCUUCGAAUUACAAGUUGUAGGACAACCCCAUUCUGGUUUAGGUGACUCCCUGACUAUGGUUAAUAUUAUUCGAUAUUUUUGUUCUUUCGGUCAUCAAGAUGUAUUUGUGAAUCCUAUCGAUACCCACGCGGAUUUGAAUCAAUUUAAAAAAGAACAAUCAAAGGUUAUCCAUUUGGCAGGCUUACCUUAUGAUGUCACUCAACCUGAAUUAGAAGCUUGGUUUUCUGGUCAAGGUGUAAGACCGACUACAUUAUGGAUGAUUAAAACGCCUGAUCAUCAAAAACCUAGCGGCUCUGGAUUUGGAAUCUUUACUACGCAUGAAGAUGCCAUGGCUUGUUUGGAUAUGAAUGGUAGGACCUUAGGUGAUAGAGCUAUUGAAGUAAGUCCAAGUAGCGAAAGGGUCAUUGAGGCAGCGGGGGCUAUGUUGGCAUCGUUUCCGAUGACCAAAACCCGUCUACGUCCUGGUGAUUGGGUCUGCACUGUUUGUCAAUUCCAUAAUUUCGCUUCUCGGAGAACUUGUUUCAAGUGCAAUGGUAACAAUCCUAAUCCGAUGGUGCCACAAACUCCUCCUAAUUUUACGUUGGGUGAUUGGAUGUGCCCUAACCCUCAAUGUAAUUUCCAUAAUUAUGCCUCACGAACUCAUUGUCUACGAUGUGGGAAUUAUAAACCUCAGGGCAUAUUUGGCCCCCCUCCACAAACAAGUAUACCAUUUAGACCUGGUGAUUGGAUCUGUCCUAAUCCAAAUUGUUCAUUUCAGAACUUUGCGUCUAGAACGAUUUGUAUGCGAUGUGGUUCCCAAAACCAUUUGGGUUAUGAUUCUUACGGGAAUCCUGCGAACGAUCAAGGUUAUAUUUCUAACAUAGGCCAUGGCCCUUCAUCACCAGCUCCGGCGCCAUUCCGUGCUGGUGACUGGAUUUGUCCGACUUGCAACUCUCAUAACUUUGCUUCUCGUUUUCAAUGCAUCCGUUGUGGACUGUCAAAGCCUGCCCAGCUUCAAGGCAAUCCUCCCCCAACGGCAAACAUGAAACCUGGCGAUUGGUUGUGUCGUAAUGAAAUAUGUGGUUAUCAUAACUUUGCUAAAAGGACACAUUGUGCAAAAUGUGGCACUCCAAAUAAUAGUGCAACGGUUGGGAGUGAAAAUGGUUUUCAAUGA